AUGAUUGGAAACCGACCUUGGAUGCGAACAAAUCAGUGUGAGAUGACUUAUAUGUAUCGAAUUAUGAAUUUUAUGCGCAUUGAUAUUGGUUCCACAAAGUUGAAACGUGAUCAAACUGAAGGUAUUAGAUAUCCGUUUUCGAAUGAUUUCAGCGGCUACUCGACGAUUUUAUAUGGAGAAGGAGAAUAUGCUCGCAAUUACAUGAGAACCGAACAGGUCAAUGGACUUCCCAUCAUUUUUGUUCCUGGCAAUGCAGGUUCUUCCAAACAAGUUCGUUCUCUGGGGUCGAUACUCCAUAAUAAGACUGAAAGUAGGAAUUUACCGUUCACAUUCGAUGUUUUUGCCAUUGAUUUCAAUGAGGAAUUGUCAGGUCUAUCAGGCAUGUAUUUGGAACGGCAAAUCAAAUAUCUCGAGUUAGCGGUGAGACAUAUUUGGAGCAUGUAUUCACCCUCACCGCAUGGUAUCAUAUUUGUUGGUCAUUCAAUGGGUGGUGUCGUUAUACGGUCUCUUUUGCAUAGCGUUGAUUUCGAUCCUAGCCAGAUUGCAUUUAUUGUGACCUUGGGGACACCACACAAAAAUGCACCAAUGGUUUUUGAUUGGUAUUUGAAAAAUAUUUAUGACCGAAUGCAUGACAGUUGGAGAGAGCAUGAAGAAGAAUUAGCCAGUCUUUUGGUCUUAUCGGUUUCGGGUGGUUUGAAAGACCACCUUGUGCCAGAACAUUUUACUUUCGAUAAUGGUAUUCGCCAUAUUUCAACUACCGCUGUUGAUGGCAUUGAGCUAGAGACUGAUCAUCUUUGUAUUGUUUGGUGUAAUCAGUUGGUUAGAUACAUCUCGCGUUUGAUGAUUGAAUAUGCUUACGAUCCAGCUUCGUUUCGUAAACGUGCUGAUAAUGUUGUAAAGCAACUUUUUGAUGCUGAUGGGCUUCUCAGGGAGCUAACGCCUAUGCAAGUGAAAAAUAAUGAUGAAGAUCUGAAGGAAUUCGUCCUGUCAUUUCCAAAGAACAGCUGGUUGUUCAUUGAAAGAAGUUCUGGAAGCUCGUUGCGGACAUCAUUUGGAGAACCCAUUUAUUUUUUGAACAGUUUGCGACAGACAUCUUACACACUCGUUCCCGCUAAUGUUGCAGAACGGAUUUCGGCUGUUCAUAUUGGAUUAUUGUCAUUACUAAAAGGCUGCUUCACAUUUUUAUGGGAAGCGGACCUUGAAAGUAGUGAAUCUGUUUUAUUAUUGCCAGUUUAUUUCGAAACUCCAGUUAUUGCCAUCGCUAUAUCACUUGAAUUAGAAUCAUGUAAACAUGCAAAUGAAUCGUUCGCAAAAGUUGAAUUUCGAAGUCAACAUCUACGACGUAUUAGCAGUCUUAGUGACAGUAAAAGACUUCAAAUAGUUGGAUAUUUACUUAAUAAGGAAGAAACAAAAGCUGAAAUAUUUUUCAUAUUAAAUCGACACUGCCGUUUCCAUGCACGUCUCGAUAUCAAUUAUUUGGAUACUUUGAUUGUGAUGCUUCGAAUGUAUGGAUCCAUCGUUCCUUACAUGUUAAGUAUAUAUAUUCUCAGUGCGUUAUGGCUUUGCACUUUAAUUGGGUUGAUUGGUUUACCUUAUUGA